UAUAGAUCGAAGUAUGGCACAACCUACAUCUCACUUAGUGCGCACUGAUGUCCCCAAGUCAACGUCCUUGCUUACGGGAGGGUUGCAGUUCGGAGCAUCUUCUGGGGUUACAGAUGCAGACACAUCGACAUCACCAACGACUGCACACGAAAGUGAUAGUGCAAAGGAGACUGGCGAAGUCGGCCCCGAGGUAUGCAAAGACAUGGCAACAGGUGCCAAUGGUACAGAUAUAGGUUUAAGUAACACUCAGGCGAGUGAAACAGACGCACGCACAUACAUGCAAGAACGCUUCGGGCCCGAGACCAUGAUGGCAGGCCUGGAUAAUGUGGCAGAGGUGCACACAAAGGCACCCGAUAAUAGGUUAGGCUCGCUGGAUUCACACAUGAGCAGUCCUACUAUGAGGACGGCAUGCGACACGCCUUCACACGAUAGUCUGUUGACAAUUGCACCGGUAAGGUUAGUCGCUGACGGCGACGUGCAUGAACCCAUAGCUACAAUUGCAAACGCACACACGCAGUCGUCGGUAGACGGAACAUCGAGUCCGGGGGCAUUAGAGGUUACUGCAAAAAAUACACAAACCUUGGUGUUAGAGGAUGCAGUGGAAGCUGUUGAAGCAGUGGAUGGUGGUACAACAGUGGAGAGCUCUAAAUACACUGGCAUAGUAGUAAACAGUGAUAGUCCUGGACCUGGCGUGACUAAUAUCUCUGAGACAAACACAUGCGAGAAACUCGAUGCGAGCGCCGUAACUGGCACCGACAAAGCAGCUGAGGAGCCAGAAGAUACGGCUGAAUCAUUGGCACAGGCUGCGAGCAAGAAACAGGCUCAGAUCGACGCCUGGACUGCCGCAGCCACACAAGCAUACAUUCAGGCUCGCACACGCGCGAGUUUGCAGCAGAUGUAUUCUCGACCUGAGAUCCGAACGAGUGCACCGGACACACAGCCGAGUGGAAAGGACACGGCAACAAUUGGACACGUGCCUGCAAGCGUGCCCGAGAUAGCAAAUAAUGUACCUGCGGCUGUUGGCCUCUCCGCCCCGUCGUACUUGAACACACUACAUCAGCCACCUUCGAACGAGAGCAACGCACGCGUGCAGGCUCAGGCCCAUGCACACAUGCAGGCCUUCUCCGCGGCUGCUCGCUUGCAAGCAGUGGCACAAUUGCACGCACAACAGCAGGCCGCUCAGACACAAGCACAGCUACGUAGCCACUCACAGCAGGAUACCCAAGGAAAUGUGGGUUCAUCGGGAAGCACGCUGUCCAGUAGUACGGUAGAGCCAGCAGCAACUGGGCUGAAUAUACCGGGUCUUAUGAUGCCGCAAUUGCCGGGAUUGGGUGCUCAUAACAGUCCAAGUGACCUCACAAUGGGAGGUGUGGAUAUGGGCGUUGGCGUGGGAAAUGGCACAAACUCCCAAGAUUCAUGGGGAAGUAGUACGUUCUUGCCCGCACCUAGUGUUGACCGGCACUAUCCGUUUGCGUCUCAGUUACCGCCGAUAGGUAUGAACUCGACAUUUAUGAACUCUCUCAUAGAGCAAACACAGAUACUUCAACUGCAACAAGCACAGCAGAUGGAGAAUCAGUUACGCUUUCAAGCGCACAGAGCUCAGAUGGCCCAGUUGCAGAAACAGCACAUUGAGGCCCAAAGCAAGUCACAAUCGCUACCGUCAGCACAAUCGCAGCAAGGGACAGAAACAAUAUCAUUGCAGCAAUCUCAUCAAACACCAACACAGCAACAACAACAACCUCAGCAGCAGCAACAGCAGCAACAGCAAACUCAGAGCAAUAAUUCGGGUAAUAACACUACUACCUUGAUGAAAAAUUCUUCGUGUAACAACAGUACUUUGAUGAACAGUGCGUCGGGUAGCAGCAGUAACUUGAUGAACAGUGCUUCGGGGAACAACAGUAACUUGAUGAGCACACCCUCGUGGAUGCUGCCAGCGCCGAAUUCCAGCACGAAUAAUAACAAUCUAUUUUUAGGGCUGGGUGACUACAACCAACCACCCAGCAACAGUCCCCUAUCAUUCACGGGGCCCACACCCUCGCAGGCGGCAGCCGCGGCCGCUACACUCAACCAGGUCACGCAGCAGGCACUUGGAUCGUACGGAUUUGGUUCACUCAGUUCUAUGGGUACUAAUGGGAUGGGGAAUAGCGAUAGUCUUAAUUCGCUCACCAGUGCGGGAAAUAUGAAUCAAUUGUCAGGCCCAAGUACCAAUACAGCGGCACAACCGGCUGGAUAUCUGGGCAAGUCGUACACUUUUGGACACUCGUUGCCGCACGUGUCCGGAAUAACAGGCUCGAGCCUGCCUGCCCUGCCCAGUUUUUUUGGGGCUAGUUCUGUUCCACCAAGGGGGAGCAAUUCCUCUGUAAUUAGCUCGUUCCAUGGCGCACAACAGCAACAACUGCGCGAUGCUCAAGCUCAGGCACAAGCGCAUGCAAAUGCACAGGCAGCACAUGCUCACGCACAGGCACAGUUUCAGUCUAUUUGGGCCAAUCAGCAGCGGUCUAUGGGGUUGCAGGUCAUGGGCGGUACUGAUGGGAGUCAGAAUCACAGUGGGUUCGGGAGUUUGGCGCACACUCGGACACCUUCUCCUCAUCCUGCACAUACCGGCUUUGAAGCAAACUUAGAGAAUUCCAAUAGUCUAGGCAACAUGAGUAACGGAGAUCGGAAUAGUUUUCAAAUCUUCAAUACGAGUGCACAGCCGUUUGGCGGUGUUUUCUCGCCCCCAAUACCUGCAAUACCUGUGCAGACGUCGCUAUCCAAGGCUUCAAAUGGACACGAGAAUGGGUUCAACCAUGGCGCUGUCGUGUCGUCUAGUCUGCAGAUGACAUCGGAUAGCAAUCAGCGGCCGAGUGUCGAUAGUGUUCAAGGCGCCACAACCAGAAAUGGUACUGAACAGACUAGUACGACUGACAAGGCAGCAGAUACCGCUGCAAAUGGUACUGGCCCGAGUACGACCGCAAAGUCGUUCACCGCGCUGAAAGGGCCUUCGAAUGCGUUGGUGGCGAGCGCUAAUGCGGAGAUGGCAAAGCUUGGCGAGGGGUUGCUGCUGUGUCAUUGGCGAGACUGUCGCGAUGCCACGCCUUACACGCCGGCUGAUCUGGCGCUGCACAUCAAGAGUAUGCACGUGGUGGAUCUGAACACCAAGCCUAUGCCUGCGACCUUCUCGUGCCAGUGGUUAGGGUGUAAGAGGGGCAACAAGCCAUUCCCCAUCGUACAACAGUACUUGAGACAUCUGCAAACCCAUACUAGAGAAAAGCCCUUCGCCUGUAGGCACCCUGGGUGCGGACAGACGUUUACUCAGGCAAACUGCUUGGCUGCACACACACGACUGCAUACGGGUGAGCGGCCCUUCAAGUGUACUGUUGCAGGAUGUACGAAACGAUUUGCGUACGCCAAUUGUUUGUUAGCUCACACCCGAUCGCAUACCGGAGAAAAGCCACGUGUUUGUUCCGAGUGUGGCAAGGGUUUCUCGGGGCUGUCAAAUUUGACGGCUCACAUGCGUACGCAUACUGGCGAAAGGCCCUAUGCCUGCAAACAUGACGGGUGCGGAAAGAGCUUUGCGACUUCGAGUGAUCUGGUAAGGCAUGCGCGUAUACAUUCUGGCAUCAAGCCUUUUAAGUGCCAGUAUGAGGGCUGUGUUAAGGCCUUCACAACAUCGAGUCAGCUGAACAACCACAACCGUACACACACUGGCGAAAAGCCCUUCCAGUGCAAAACGCCCAAUUGUACCAAACGAUUCGCUGAUCUCACAACGCUGCGGAGACACGAGCAGAUACAUUUGAACAAGAAACGGAAAGCCGAGGACGCUUUGUUAGCCUUACAGCAGAAGGAGAACGGUGUGGUCCCGGAUGGGGCCGGAGCAUCGUCGUAUCCACCGGCAGCUACUAGCAAGCGCACGAAAAAGACUGCUAAUGACGAGCGCAACGGAAAGGGUUCUGGUGAUCAAGGUCAAAGUAAGGAUGAACGCGGGGCUGGGCCUAUGAAUAGCAGCAUUUCAGCUGCCAAUGGGACAACAAGUAUGUCCUCGAACGCGAGUGGGAAUACACUUGGGGUAAUCUCCAUACAGAACAAGGCUACAGAAAGCCACGGACAGGCGAAGCAGCCAGACCAACUGGAGUACACGCUCACGCAUCUCACCCUCCCAGCAGGGUCCCAGUCGGAUGGUUCUAUGCUGAUGUACGGUGGAGGGACGGAGAAUGGACAAGCGACAAAUGUGUUCAUGCCGGCGGCUGUAGGUGUGGGCAUGGGCGAAGCGAAUUCUGGACCCAAUUUCCUGAACUCUCCAAGGGGUUGAAUUUGCCUAUGCUGUGUACGUAGCUAAUAUGCACACGUCGUACACUCUGUUCCUCAAUUUAAGCUUUCCUCGACCCAGAAUGUAAUGCGUUGUCACUCAGUGUUUAGACUGUAAAUUUCGUGUGGCCUGUGCCACUUAUCAACUGAGAAUUGAAGUUUAUGAUGCCGACCGAUCCCCCCUCGUCAUGCUAAUUAAGAAGGAGACAGCAUCCGGCUAAUAAACAUGA